UAGAUAUUAGUUCUCUACCAACUGUUCGUGUGAUCAGUUUAUCGUUGUUUGUAGCUUGUUUUCUUUGCGCGGUAUCUUUGUUUAGUGAGAAUUUAAAUUUUAAUAUUUCUAAAUUUGAUAAAAUGAGUUCUUUUGUACAAGUUCCCGAGGGAAGUGAUUUCCCAAUUGAAAAUUUACCUUAUGGUGUUUUUUCAACUGCCACAAAUCCUCAAAAAAGAAUAGCCGUUGCUAUUGGAGACUUUGUUCUUGAUCUUCAUGCAGUAUCCGCACUGUAUCCACCAGGAGUUCAGAAUGCUCUUAAAUCUGAUUCCUUGAAUCUGCUCAUGAGCCUCGGUCAUGAAGCUUGGGCUUUGGUUAGGAGUACGACUCGAGAAUUGCUUUUGAAAAACUCUCGUUUGCAUGAGAAUCCAGAUCUUCAGGCUGUUGCUUUAGUACCUCAAUCGGAAAUCGAACUUCAUUUACCAGCCCAAAUCGGAGACUAUACCGAUUUUUACUCUUCCAUUCAUCAUGCUACAAAUGUUGGUAUAAUGUUCAGAGGAAAGGACAAUGCUCUGAUGCCCAAUUGGAAAUACCUGCCAGUGGGCUAUCAUGGUCGAGCUAGUUCGGUUGUAGUGUCGGGAACACCAAUUCGCCGUCCACUUGGCCAGACAGUACCAGUUGAAGGACAACCACCUGUCUUUGGACCAUGUCGACUAUUGGACUUUGAAUUGGAAAUGGCUUUCUUUAUUGGAGGACCUGAAAAUAAACUAGGCGAUCGUAUUCCCAUUGAAGACGCUUGGAAACAUGUUUUUGGCUUCACUUUGAUGAAUGAUUGGAGUGCUCGCGAUAUUCAGAAGUGGGAAUAUGUUCCACUUGGACCAUUUACAGCAAAGAAUCUAGGUACCACCAUUUCACCAUGGGUUGUUCAAGUGGCAGCUUUGGAGCCAUUUUUAAUUGAUAAUUUCCCACAAGAUGUGGAUGUGUUUCCAUACUUGCGACAACAGCAGAAGUUUAACUUUGAUAUUAAUCUUGAAGUUGCUAUUAAACCUGAAAAUGAUUCAGAAACCAUUAUUUCUAAAUCAAAUUACAAAUAUCUGUAUUGGACACCACUGCAACAAAUUACCCAUCACACUGUGACCGGUUGUAAUAUUCGUCCUGGAGAUCUAAUGGCAUCGGGAACAAUUAGUGGAGAAACUGAAGAUUCAUUCGGGUCAAUGUUGGAAUUAAGUUGGAAGGGAACAAAGACAAUUAAUCUUAAUGGUGGCGGCACAAGGAAAUUCAUUCAAGACGGUGAUGAGAUUGUGAUACGAGGACAUUGUCAGAAGAAUGGUUUGAGAAUUGGCUUUGGCGAAUGUAAGGGAAAAGUGUUACCUGCUAUUCCAUUUUAAAUAUAUACAUUGUACUUAAAUGCAAUACUAUGAUAAUAUAAAUUAAUAAGAAUCUGAAA